CAAAUUAAGAACCUGUAGAGCCAAUUGAAAUGGGACGAGGAAGUUAGCAGGAUAAAAAUCCCAUUGUGGAGGGAUAGCACCUGUGGUGUGUGCACAUAUUUGUUGAUUAAAAACUUUGAAAGCCUGGGAAGCCGGAGCACGCUCUUCAUCAGGUUGUUAACACGGGCAGUGUGGAAAACUUGUUCGUCUGGAAAUUGGGCUGAUCUGUCCUCUUGGAUCAGUGAAGGAUCUACGUGAGGCAUCUGUCCGGUCUGGUAGGACCCAAUUCUUCUGCUCUGCUCUUGGGCCAUGGUACAUCCCAGUGGAAAAGCUACAAUAUGAGUAUAACUUCAUCCUCAGCCUUGGACAACCAGCUGACCUCCACCUGGGGACCUCCUGGCCUCUAUUCUGAUAGUCCGCUGAUGAUGUCUGGUUACGCGAGCCGCCUGUGGUCUCAUGAGUCCCAGCCUCAGUUCUGGAGUAAGUUCCAGGUGUGGGAGUGGCUGCAGCAGAUCAUGGACAUACACCAAAUUGAUGCCGCCAGCAUUCCCUUCCAAAACUUUGACAUUGACGGCCAUCAGCUUUGCAGCCUGGGCUACCAUGACUUCAUCCGUGCUGCAGGCAGCGUGGGACAAAUUCUUUUCAACAGCAUCAUGGAGCUCAAAUCGAGCGGACAAUAUCAUGUGGAUAUUGGGCAACUGGAACUCAAACCUGAACACUCAUGUCCAUAUCCAGAUGUCGGCUAUCCACCUGGAGAGAUCUAUGAUCCUUCACUUUGUUCACUUGCUCCCGAUGCCUCACCCACUCCUUUGAGUCCUGACAUCAAACGCUCUUUCAGCCGAAAUCAUCCGGUCAAGAAACACAACCCGAGAGGAACCCACCUGUGGGAGUUCAUCAGAGAUAUUCUGCUAAACCCAGAUCGAAACCCGGGGCUGAUCAAGUGGGAGGAUCGGACGGAGGGGGUGUUUCGAUUCCUGAAGUCAGAAGCAGUGGCACAGCUAUGGGGAAAGAAGAAGAAUAACAGCAGCAUGACAUAUGAGAAACUAAGUCGUGCAAUGAGAUAUUAUUACAAAAGAGAAAUCCUAGAACGAGUAGACGGACGCAGACUGGUUUACAAGUUUGGGAGGAAUGCAAGAGGAUGGAGGGAGACAGAGAAGUGAAAAUUUCAUUAAUUUAUUGUUGGAUUUCAUUUAUCUUUUCUGUAACCAUUUAGAAGUGUUUGAACUGUUUAAAAGUGUUUUGCUUUUCUGUGUACUUUUGCUUUUACAUCCGUCUUUGUUGUAAGACUGCACUGCAAUCUUUUUACUAGCUGUGCCUUGUCAAACAUUUUGAAGAGCUCAAUAAAACAGACAUGCUGGUAACAUCUGUUUAUGUAUAAAAGUACUUAUUAAGCCCAGUUGUUUCUCCCAUGUUCCAAUGAAGUUGAUUUAGCAGUCAAAGCACAUACGACAAACAUAGUUAAGUGUUUUGAUUCUGAUACUGUGAAGUGUCCUCCGGGAAGAAUGUUUGAUCCCUGAAAGAUAAAAAUGCAAAAAAGUCAUAAAACACCCCAUAAGCACAGCGCAGCAUAUUAAAAUAUUGACAUUCGCCGGCAACCAAAAGUUUGUUUUGUCUUAUUUUAUGCUUUGCGUUAAAUGAACUGUAAAGAAAGUGUGCAAAUGUCUGUCAAACUUUGGUAUAAAUAAAAGCUUGUACUUGUUUUUAA